GGAUAUGAUCAAUCUAUCCAAUCCAAAUGCAUCAACCGCUAAACAAACGCCAUCGCAAGCUUUACUUACAAAAAAGCGUGCCUCAGCACCAAAGAAACGUCAAGACGAGUUUGAAACCAAAGCGCUAAAGAUCUUGGAAAAGCCGGACAGCAUACCCACAAUCAGUGAAGAUAAAUCGUUUUUUGAUUCCAUUUUGCCGAUUGUAGAAAACUUUGAUGAAGAUGACAAACUUCAAUUUCGCAUAGAAGUUUUGCAGCUUGUACAACGUUUUAAACGAAAGCAAAAAUGUGAUGCUUUUAACAUGACUUCUGAUACCAAUAGAUCGCUACCUUCGUUUGUACCACCAGCAACUCAGUCAUACAGCCAGCAGUGGACACUGACAUACCAUACAUUGCAGUGUCCACAGACAAUACCACAAUCAAGUACGUCAUUUGAUCCAACUACAUCUCGCUGUGAGAAUAAUCUUGAAUAUCCACAUUCUUUGACACCACAAUAGUUUAUCCAAUCUGACUUAACUACAACCAGAAUUUGAUUUGUUUAAUUUGUUCGUUAUGUUCCUUAUUUAAAUAUAUCUAGUUCUAAAAUCACA